UUUGGGAGCGGCAAACUGGGAAUGUCAGCUAAACAGAGGAAUGUGGAGCUAAACAGAGGUUUUGCUUACUCUGGCCUUGCUUGGUGAAUAAUGUAUCGACUUCUCUUGGUUCAGAUGCUACAUUGUUGUUUCCUGGUGGCCCAUUCCUGCCCUACUCUGUGUACUUGUGUUUACCUAGGAGGGAGCAAUGGGACAGGUCUCAGGUCUGUUUUGUGCAGCGAACCCCGCAUGUCGGCCAUCCCCCUCAAUGCUCCAGCCGACACAGUCAAGUUUCGUCUGGAGAAAACCUCUAUCUCCAGAGUGCCCAGGGCAGCCUUCUUCUACCUGUCUGAGCUCCAGUUCCUGUGGUUGACCUACAACUCCAUCACCACCAUCCACCCCAGCAGCUUCCUUAACUUGAAGGCGUUGCGUGAGCUGCGAUUGGACGGGAACCUUCUCUCUGCCUUCCCCUGGGAGGGGCUUAGGGACAUGCCGCGGCUGCGCACACUGGGUCUGCACAAUAACCGCCUCUCCAGCCUCCCUGCCCACGCUGCCCUCUUUCUUCCCAACGUCACCUACCUGGAUCUGUCCAGCAACAGACUGACCACUCUGCCCUCAGAGCUGUUGGACCUUUGGUUCCCUCCCCCUGCCCAACUAACAGGUCCAACACAGAGAAGAGUGCUAGGUGUCCAUGACAACAUGUGGCAGUGUGACUGCCAAAUCUCUAUGCUGCUGGCCCAGUCUAAGUACCAGGAGAGCCCUGUAGUUCUGAUGGACCAGCUCCUGACCUGUAGCCAUAGCGGGGGAACCGCCGACCAGCUGGGGGCCCCCCUCACAGAGGCUGACUUGUCGCGGUGCCAGAGGCCCUCUGUCCAUCCUUCAGCCACCCGGGUUACCUCCCCGCUGGGCAGCAACGUGAUGCUCCGCUGUGAUGCCACAGGCUACCCCACACCAGUACUCACCUGGACCAAAGCAGCAGGAGCCUCCAUAUACAACACAGUUAUUCAGGAAUCUCCGCGUGUGGGAAUCCGAUGGUCCAUCAUCAACCUAAAUGGACUUUCGUACAAGGAUGCAGGAGAAUAUCGGUGCCAGGCACGGAACAUGGCAGGAACAGCAGAAGCCCCCAUUAGACUUAGGGUGGUGGGGGUGGUGCCCCCUUCCAUAAAGAGCAAGACCCGCAAAGCCCCUUCUAGAUCCUCAACCAGCAACAGAAAACCUCUCCCACAAAAGCCGAAACGGGCACAGAAUAUUACUUCAAUCUCCACCUCAAAAAAGAAGACUCUUCUGAACCUCAAGUAUGUUACACCCCCCAAUCCAACGAACAAGACCCAGAGUAUCAAAAUGGCCCCGGUCCCCACCCCCCUGAAAAAAAUGUAAUCGUCCUCAAGUAAAUACCCAAAUGCAAAAAAGUCAAACAGAAAACCUCAGAUAUCUGUCAAUACUAUACCCACCUCACCAGAAAACACUUUCUUUUAAGGAGCUCAUACAUGACCCUUUAAAAACAGAGUGAUCAGUGGCCAACAGAGGGCGUCCAGAGCCCAGACAUGAAUAGCAAACUACAGUUACUCUGUUUAAGUGACAACAAUUACCAUUGAGGAUCUGAUGUAUUAUUUUUCCAGAUUUGUUUUACUGUUUUUAGAGAGGUAACGCUUAUCACCCUCUUAUCUGUGUAAAGAUUACGAGGACAUAUUCCUACAAGGACAUAUUCUCAUCUAUAAAGGGUAAUUCCGCCACUUCAUAUUCAUUCUCUCCUCCACCAUACCAGUGUCUACAUGAAAAUGGUGCGUUUCUAUGAUCUCUGGUAAAGAGCAGAAAGGUCCUCAAAUGCUUCUCUAUGAAAUAACAGUCCAUGAUUAAAAGUAAGAUAUUUUUUAAAUCAUGGCUGAAUUACCUACCAGGCAUGAAGGCCACGUGCCCCCAUUGAUUUUGUUAGCCACUCUCACACAGAUAUAAUUCUAAAAUGGCAUAAGUCAUGGCAAAAUGUGUAGAAUUUCAGGAAAUUAGCUUUAAAACAAAGGAAAAAAAAUCUUUACUCCAUGGCAAAAUCUGUCGAAUUGUAGGAAAUGUGCUGUAACACUAACAAUUUUCCUCUUCAUCUCAUGGCAAAAUGAGUAGGUAGCCUAAAGGCAGAUAACCUAGCAGUUAAGAGUGUUUGGCCAUGAACCAAAAGGCAGUUAACCCCCAUCAACAACUGCUCCCUGGGUGCCAUGGACAUUAAAUAAGGCAGCCCACUGCACCUCUCUAAUUCUGAGGGGUUGGGUUAAAUGCAGAAAGCACAUUUCGGUUGAAUGCAUUCAGUUGUGCAAUUGACUAGGUUUCCCAAUUCCCUGAAAUGAGUUAUACAUUUGCAAAAUGUGUCCAAUUUGCCAUAAACGUGCUUUAAAGUUGCACAAUUUUCUCUGUGCCCAUGGUAAAAUCUGUAGAAUUGCAGGAAAUUAACUUUAAAACUAAAAUAAAUUAUCCGCGGUCAAGAAG